AUGCUUUCGUUCCUUUCCAGUAUUAAUGCGUGUAACUUAGAACUUUCAAUUAAUCAAGAUGUGGGAAGAAAAUCUGCGCCACUUAGCAAAAAUAGAAAAGGAGAAAAGGGAUUAAUUUUUAGCGAUGGCGAAGAUAUAAGUGGAGUUGCAGUGGUCGUUGUCAAACCAGGAAGAAAGCUAGAUCACCAAGGCAUUAGGGUUGAAGUAAUUGGACAAAUAGAUGUAAUAUACGAUCAAUCUUCAUCCUAUGAUUUUUUCUCUAUUACUAAAGACUUGGAACCUUCUGGUAGCUUAUUCGAAACAAAACAAUACAAAUGGAAAUUCAACGCAGUGGACAAACCAUAUGAAACAUAUUAUGGAACGAAUAUUCAACUGAGAUAUUUUGUAAGACUUACAGUUCUAAGAGCAUAUGCAAGCAAUAUUGUUAAAGAAGUUGACUUUGUUGUACAAAAUUUGAACAAUAACAUCCCUAGUUCUAUUUCCGAAAAGAAUAAAAUUCAAGAUGGGAUUAAAAUGGAGGUUGGCGUAGAAGGCUGCUUGCAUAUUGAACUUGAAUAUGACAAAUCGUCUUAUCAUUUAAAAGAUGUAGUUAUUGGCAAAGUCUAUUUCUCAAUUGUACGGCUUAAAAUCAAAUAUAUGGAGAUUGAUAUUAUCAGGCUUGAAACUUGUGGGUCUGGGCCGAAUGCAAUAACCGAGACCGAAGUACUUUCUAAAUUUGAAAUUAUGGAUGGUGCGCCUGCAAAACAGGAAACUAUUCCUCUAAGAAUGUAUUUAUGUGGUUGCGACCUGACACCUACAUAUAAGAAUUUGCAAAAUAAACUCUCAGUUAGAUAUUUUUUAAAUUUAAUUAUUGUUGAUGAAGAGGAUAGAAGGUAUUUUAAGAGGCAAGAAAUUACACUUUGGAGAAAAAAAAUUGGAUAA